GUGCCCUGAUAUGCUCAGUUAUUUAAGAAAGUUAUUUAAGAAACCAUCAAAUAUACCCCAGAAAAGUCUUGUUACCCCUUAGUGUUCUUGUAACUACCCUACAUAACCAUGAUCCCACCAAUCCCAUCAGUCAUUGCCCAGCCGCUCACCCGGGGCGCCGAUCUAGUCCGCGGAGUUUUAGGAAGCUUAACCUGGGGACCGGCCUUGGCAAUAGCUAAGCCGGCUGUGCUUUCUGUCUUCUCUAGGCUCGAGAUUGGCACCCUGCUAUUAGUUGACGAGCCUACGGGGACAAGAAUGGUGUAUGGGCAAAGGCUUUCCUCGAAGGGCCCCAAACCCGUCAAUGGAGAACGCCCAGCCCGGAAAGCAGACAUAAUCCCCCGGGUUGAAAUUAGAGUGAAAGACGAUGCUUUCUGGAUGAGACUGCUUCUCUUUGCCGAUAUGGGGUUUGCGGAAUCAUAUAUGCUGGGUGAAUUUGAGUGUGUCGAUUUGACAGCAUUCUUUCAGCUUUUUAUUGCAAACCGAGAUCAGUUAAGCAAUGGCACUACGAUAUUCUCCUCGAUAUCUGGAGCGGUAUCGAGUAUUGCCCGAACUACAAAUACGCUGUCGAAUGCGCUUUUGAAUGUCUCCGCUCACUAUGAUAUUAGUAAUGACAUGUUUGCGGCUUUCCUCUCGGAGGAUAUGACUUAUUCAUGCCCUAUUUGGCAGACUCGAGAGGCGUCUUAUAAAAACCCCGAAGAAACUCUUGAGGAGGCACAGAUGACCAAAUUGAGACGGUUCAUCGACGGCGCCAAGAUCAAGUCUACCGAUCAUGUUUUAGAGAUCGGGACAGGUUGGGGGUCUUUCGCUAUCGAGGCCGUUAGAAAGACUAGCUGCCGGGUAACAAGUCUAACAUUGUCAAAAGAGCAAAAGAAACUAGCAGAACAGCGGAUCGAUGAGGCAGGAUUUUCAGGUCGGAUAGAUGUGCAACUACUCGACUACCGUAGCUUACCGGAUACGGCGGUUUUUGACAAGAUUGUCUCUAUAGAGAUGUUAGAAAACGUCGGCCAGGAAUACAUGAGUACGUAUUUCGCAUGUGUCGAUCGGCUGUUGAAGAAGAAAGGCGGCAUUGCCAUAUUUCAGUGCAUUACGAUGCCAGAAGGGAGACACGAGGCCUAUUCCAAGUCCGAAGAUUUCAUAAACAAACACAUUUUCCCCGGCGGCUAUCUUCCGUCCACCAUCCAACUCCUUAACCACAUCUCGAAGGAGUCCAAGGGAACGCUAAUCAUAGAGCGGGUUGAGAACAUCGGAGGCCACUACGCGAAGACGCUGCGUCUCUGGAGGGAGAAUUUCAUGCUCAACUUCGAGUCCAAGAUUCGACCGGCGUUGGAGGCGGAGCAUCCGCGUAUGUCAGCGCGGGAGGUAGACGUGUUUAGACGGAAGUGGGAGUACUAUUUCGCCUACUGCGAAGCUGGGUUCGUGACAAAGACCUUGGGCGACGUCAUCAUCACGGUUGGAAGGGAGGGAGCGAUGGAAUUGAUGGAAGAUAUUCCUGUUUAAUAAAAAUAGAGGGCGUGGUCGAAGGGACGUAUAGAAGAUAGUUCCCUUUUUAGAGACGAUUAUAUUACCCUUUUGUACGAUUGCACGGUGUGGCAUACACCUGGAUUUGGAAUAGAGGGUAUUACGAUUGUGUGUUCUAGAGAGAGAUAUAGAAUAGGAGUACAGCUCU